AUGGCAGACCAAUAUGAAGCCAUGAUUAGCAAUGGACAUAAUGACAUUAAUACAAACCCAAGCAGAUUGGUACCGGAUGAAAAUUUCGAUGAUUUUGAUGAAGAUUUCCUUGACUUGUACACGAUGACACCGUUACAACGAGCCAUGUAUCAUUGUAAAAGACUCGCGCGAAAGUUAUUAGGAGUUUGGCAAUCUUUACCCAUGUGGAAGAAAUUUUUGCUCGUUUUUGCAGGUGUUGUGAACUUGGUUUUCGUGAUUCUGAUGUUGGUAUACCAUAACAGGAUAAUGCAAGCUGUAGCGCAAGCAUCAGAUGAAAUCAAACAAAAAAAAUAUUUCCCACUGGUGUUUAUCGCAUUGUUGUAUUUGGUUUCGUUCCCACCACUCAUUGGGUUUUCCUCUUUAGCUACUUGCGUGGGUCUUACCUAUGGCAUAUCGGCAAAGGGAUUCGUAACGCUAUUCAUUGGUACUGCAUCAGGUUCUAUUUCUGCCUUCGUGGUGUUCAAGACGUUACUGAAAUCCCAAGCGGAAAAAUUGGUCAGAAUGAAUUCCAAAUUCGAAGCAUUGACCUCCAUCUUACAAGAUGACGACAGUUAUCUUACGAUCACACUUAUUCGACUUUGUCCCUUCCCUUAUUCUUAUACAAACGGCGCAAUCGCGGGUAUUUACGGUGUUAGUGUACUGAAUUUCAGCAAAGCCACUGUUUUAAUGUCUCCAAAGCUGUUUCUGUACCUUUUCGUGGGAUCGAGGUUGAAAAACAUGGGCGAAUCUAGAUCAACUGGAUCUAGGAUCUUUGAUGUGAUCAGUCUGGUGGUCACUGCUAUAGUUCAGAUACUUACGGCGUGGAUCGUGUACCGGAAAGCAACCAAACGACAACGGGAAUUGAGACAAGCCCAGGACGCGGACAUGUCAUUUGAUGUUCUUUGA